UUCUUGUCAAAGUUGUGGUUCAUCUGUAUUAGGUAAAAAGCAACAAAAAAAGAAACCUGUUAAAGAAAAAAAAGCAACACCAAACAAAAAUAGAGAUAAAAAAAUAAAAAAGAAAAUACCAGUUAAAAAAACAGCAGAAAAUAUUGUAAAAUUUAAAAAGAUUGAAAUGAGCAAGUGUCCAGAAGAUUGUAAAUACCUUUGUUGUAGACAAAUCAUUGUAGAUAAAAGACUUACAUGUAAUUUAGGAAGUUGUAAAAAUGAUAAAGAUCUUCAAAGAUCUAGAAAAUGUGGAUUUCAACAUGAUGGAUUUACAUAUA